AGGAGGUGGUGUAUUGUUGGUGUUCCAAAGAUUUUUAUUUUUCACAUUGGGAAAUUGAUAUUGUGGUGAAUUUUCCUCGAAGACACCAUUCUGGAAUUUUUGGAAGGUCUGUGAAAAGUAUCUAUACAAAUGAUGGAAAUGGAAUUAACUGCUUUCCUGAAUAAAGAGAAUGAAGAUAGAAAAGCUGGUUCAACCAUAUUUGGAAAAAACAAAAAGAAAAAAGCUGAAGAAAUAACACUCCUUGUUCAUGACAGCACAAAAGAAACAUACACAUGGGAUUCUCCAGUGGGCCAGAUAUCUUCCAAAGUGGAACAAGAGUCAUCUGACAGUGGUGAUGAAGGGGGCCUGUGGUUUACAGCUUCUGUUACCAGUGAAUACUGCAAUUUGCAUAAACCAAAUUUCAGAAGAAAUCCUGAUGGAGGAAUAACAGACGAUGAAAAAACGAAAGAAAGAGACAACAGAAUGGAAGAUGACAAAUUAGACUUUAUUGGAAAUGAUGUCAAUAUCCCUCCAAGAAUGAUAGAAAACAACAUGGGCCAGUCAUGGAAAACACUCAUGGGGCAUCACGCUGAAGGGAAAUCAGCCUUUGAGUUGUCUGUGGAGAAAAGUAUGGCAGAAAACACACCCACCCUACUUUCUCUUACUUUGGAUGAGAUUGAAAUAGAUCUAAAUAUCAAUGAAAAAUAUGAACACAAAAAAGACAAAGGUAUAGAUAAAGUCAUUACUCAGGAAAGCACAAAGGAAGAAUAUGAUUGGAAAUCCCCACUGGGUCAGAAACUGCCGGAAGUGGAAGAAUCAUCGGACAGUGGUGAUGAAGGAGGACUAUGGUUUAUAGCUAGUCAUACCAGAGAGGAUGAUUAUUUAAAUAAGCUGGUUCUCAGAAGAAAUCCUGGUAGAAGAGCAACUGAUGAUGAGAAAAGGCAUGUUUCUUUACACUACAAACCAAAAGUUAUUGAAGACAGCUUAUCUAAUGAGAAUGCCUCAAUAAAAGGAACUAAAAGAAAGAAUGUUAUACAAGAACAAAAAGAUAAAAGGAACAUAAUGUUUUCAUUGUUGCAAUUUUUCCAGAGGAAUUCUAAAAAACAAAAGGAGUACAUAAUCACAGAUGUAAAAAGCAAUGAAGCCAGAGAAAAUGGGUCUGCAAAUAAAACACCAAGAGGCUGCUUUGGUAUGGUGUGUUUUCCAAGGUGUUGGAGAAAGCAAAAUAACCAGGACUGAUUUCUCCUGUCAGGGGCAUUCCCUUUUCUAAAAAUAUUAGGCAUUCAAUAUCUUGAUAUUAGGUGUGUUUGGUUACUGAGAAAAAAACAAUAACUAUCAAUUUAUUGAUUAA